AUGAGCUCUGCCACUGAACAAGUAUCACCCAAGACACACAUUUUCGUUGUCUGGGCACCGGACUACGCGGACGAAGGAGCGUUUGACCGCAGGAUGGCGAUUCGAGAUCAGCACCUUCAGGACUUGAAGAAGAAUCAAGAAAACGGGUUCAUCACCAAAAUCGCUGGGCCGCUGAUCAGUCCAGAAUCGCUUGAAGCUGGAGCAUCGAUCAAGAUGAACGGCUCUAUGCUACUCAAAGGGACAUCUAUGGAGGAAGUGCGUGCCAAAGUCGAGAAGGAUGUUUUUUGGAUCAACAAUGUAUGGGACAAGGAAAAGCUCGUCAUCUCACCCAUCCUCAUCGCUGCCGAUAUCUAG